AAGGAUGUAUAAGAUAUGAACCUACUCUGGAUACAUUCUUAAAAUAUCCAAUUUUCUGUUUAGUUUCAAAUUUCUGCUAUAUAUCCAUAUCCUGGAUCAAUUGCUACUCAUUGACUUAAAUCUCCCUUGGAUCACAAAGUUUGGGUAUCCUUCUCACUCUGUUCACAGAAUCGUUAUUAACCUACCCAUUUGAUUCCUCUUCCCAAGUCAAAACUUCUUUUUUAUGUUAUAAUCUCAAACUUUUUGAUUCCCCAGGGUUAUAGAACUGUGGAUACAGUCACUUGUUAAAUUCAUCACUGGGAACUGCCUGUGGAUUCUGGUAUAUUCAACAGGUCAAAGUUUCACCUUUUAUGCUUAUGGAAGAUGUUCAGAAGGGUUUGCCCUCUUCAGGCUCCAACUCUUCUGGACUUUCAACUGAUAAAUGGUUGGUAGUUGAGAAAAGGGUCGAAGAGAUCCUAUGGACUGUUCAACCAAAUGUAACUUCUGAAUGGAGGCGGAGGGAGAUUAUUGAUUACAUUCAGAGGGUUAUCAAAGGUUGUUUUGGAACUGAGGUCUUGUCCUUUGGCUCAACCCCUCUGAAGACAUAUAUUCCUGACGGAGAUAUUGACUUAACAGUCAUCUGCCAUCGGAACAGGGAGGAUGAAUUAGCGGGAGAUGUGUGUGGUCUCCUUGAAGGUGCACCAAAAGAAAUGGCUUUCCUGGUUGAAGAUGUUCGUUGCGUUUAUGCGAAGGUUAAGAUCAUAAAAUGCACUGUGAAUAACAUACCUGUUGAUAUAUCUUUCAACCAGGUGGCGGGGCUGUGUACAUUGUGCUUUCUGGAGCAGGUGGAUCAGUUCAUUGGAAGAGACCACCUUUUUAAGAAGAGUAUAAUCUUGAUCAAAGCUUGGUGCUAUUAUGAAAGCCGAACCCUUGGUGCACAGCAUGGCCUGAUUUCAACAUAUGCACUAGAGACACUGGUCUUGUGUAUCAUCAAUCUCUUUCAUUCAUCACUCCAUGGACCUCUACAGGUUUUUCAUAGAUUUUUGGAAUACUAUGGCAAUUUUGAUUGGCAAAAUUAUUGCAUCAGUAUCAAUGGUCCAGUUUCUUUAUCAUCCGUUGAUAAAAUCAGAGAGAUUCUAGAAAAUGAGGGGGAGAAUUUUCUGCUCCCUAAGGAAUUUGUGAGGAAGUGCAUAGAUGCAGUAUCAGAUCCAAGAAAAAUAAAUGUAGCUAGAAUGCAGGACUUCCCAAUCAAGCACCUCAACGUUGUGGAUCCUCUAAAAGACAACAACAAUCUAGGCCGCAGUGUUACUUCAGGUAACUUCAAGCGCAUUAAAUCUGCUUUUGCUCUUGGAGAGAAGCAGCUUAGAAAAAUUCUAGCGCUACCGGGUGAAAGCAUAGGUGCAGAACUUCAGAAGGAGUUCUUUAUGUCAACUAUAGAUAGGAAUGGCAGGGGACAAAGACCAGAUCUUCAUACUCCUGUACCUGCAUUUGGUAGUGGAAGAUCUAUACCAUCUAACCUCACUGGGGACUAUGAUUAUUAUUAUGGGGGGAUCUUGUCUGCUUAUGCGCUUCACGAUCAAAGCUUACAUCUAUCUUCCCAACCAUAUCUUCCACCUUCUCAAGUCCAGAAUAACACCGCAUGGAAUGCCAGGACUUGGUCUCUGGAGCAACUUAACUGGGAUGUCUUUGAUCGAAUGUCAGUGAAUGCAUAUGCAUUACCUUUCUAUCAUUGUGCUUCUCAACAGACUGCUAAUAUGAGGACAAUGCGAGGAACUGGCACGUACAUACCUGAUCGGAGUCCUCAUUACAGACCUGUGCAUUCAAAGAUGAGGGGAAGGCCCGAGUAUAGAACUCGUCGGGUGACGAUGAAACCAGCCCAAAAGGGUAACCAGGAUGAGGUCACCUCAGGAACAAAUACUGGUGUACUUGAAAGCAGCUCUGAUCUUUCACUUGAGGAAUUUCCACAACUUCCAGGCACGGAAUUGCCCACGCCUUCACAAGUUGAUCAAUCUGGCAAAACCUGGACAGAUCUUCAACCCCAGGUGCCCCCUCACACAAAUGAGGAUCGUAGUCUUGGGGUUCUGGGGCAUGUGCCAUUGCCUUUGGGAAUGCAUCCACAUGAAACAAGGGCAGAUUCUUGCAGUUCUGAUACUCUGGACUUUAGACCAGGGGUCCCUGUAAUGGGAAUGCCAAGUCAACAAGCAUGUUCGAGCACUGAUGAGAUCAAUAAAGAGAAGUUCCAGUUGGACGAUAAAGAUUUUCCGCCUUUGUCAAGCAGUGAUGAGGUCAAAAAAGAGAAGUCCUAGUUGGACGAUUGGGUAGCAAAACAAAUCUCUUAAGACUUCAGUUACGUUCUUGGAGUUCCAAGUAGAGUUUUCAUACUGUGCAGAGACUUGUGUAUGAACGCAGGAGGUGCACUCAGGAAUCAUUACCUAUUCUCCAGCCUGGGAUGAGAUUUAUGUAAUAUUGGUUCAGUAACUGAUAAGAUGCCAAUAUUACAAAGAAAAACGUCUAUAACCGAUAGUGACAGUGAAAUUUUAUCUCCUACCUUUUCUAGAUGAUUAUGUAGACUUUGUUUCAACUCCCGUGGAUUAUUUGUCCCUUUUCUAGAUAUUUUUAGUUGAAAGAAAAAAUACGCUUACGAGAGAUCUGCUUCCAUUGAUCAUAUUCAACUGGUAAAGAAAUUGCAAGGCCAAUGUGCUAUAAGAGUAUAAUUGAACCAU